CGCAGUCACGGAAGGCAGUCUCUAUGGUGAGGAGGAGGCGGCGGAGGUGGAGGCGGAGAAGCGCGACCGCAGCGGCCGCGGCGCAGGUACCAAAGUACAGGGAGACGAAAAAGGUGCUUUAGGAGGCGAAUCUUGGAUCUGCUGGAUGAGGAGCUGCUGCCUGUUGGCGCCUGAGGCGCCCCCGCGGCGCGCCCCGCCUCUGCCCACCAUGCCCACUGCCCAUGCCGACCAGAGCCCGCGGAUCCGGGAAGUUUGGGCUUGCAACCUGGACGAGGAGAUGAAGAAAAUGCGACCGGUUAUCCAGCAGUACAAUUACGUGGCUAUGGACACGGAGUUCCCAGGUGUGGUGGCCAGACCCGUGGGAGAAUUCAGAAGCUAUGCUGACUACCAGUACCAGCUGCUGAGAUGCAAUGUGGACUGGCUGAAGAUCAUCCAGCUGGGACUGACGUUUAUGAAUGAGCAAGGAGAGUGCCCUCCAGGAACCUCCACGUGGCAGUUCAAUUUCAAAUUCAAUUUGAAGGAGGACAUGUACGCACAAGAUUCCAUCGAGCUCCUCACCAUGUCAGGGAUCCAGUUCAAGAAGCACGAGGAGGAGGGCAUCGAGGCACAGUAUUUUGCGGAGCUCCUGAUGACAUCAGGAGUGGUGCUGUGUGAAGGGGUCAAGUGGCUUUCCUUCCACAGUGGUUAUGACUUUGGCUACUUCAUCAAGAUCCUCACCAACUCUCCCUUGCCCGAAGAAGCCCAAGACUUCUUCGAGAUCCUUCGACUCUUCUUUCCUGUCAUCUAUGACAUCAAGUACCUCAUGAAGAGCUGCAAAACCCUCAGGGGUGGACUGCAGGAAGUGGCUACUCAGCUGGAGCUGGAGCGCAUUGGCUCCCAGCACCAGGCGGGGUCCGAUUCCUUGCUCACGGGUAUGGCCUUUUUCAAAAUGAGAGAAAUGUUCUUCGAAGACCACAUUGACGAUGCCAAGUAUUCUGGAUACUUGUACGGCCUUGGUUCUGGAGCAUCCCACGUCCACAAGAAGGCCCAGAGGGGGGCCCACAAAGGCUUCCAGAGCAGCUUCCAGAACGGCUACCAGAACGUCCAGUAUGUCCACUAUGGCAGAGAACCAGUAUGGAGAGCAGACCAGCAAGCAUUCACGAGUAUGCAAGAGAUGCCACCGUUUGAGGCUGAGGACCAUCAAUUCUACACCUAUGGAGAGUGAAUCAGCUCAGAUCCUGUUUUCCUAGAAGGUUGGAGUUUCCUUGAUGUUUGCCUGAAAAGUGAUCAU